CGCCUCCUCCUCCAAAACCCUCGCUCGCGCCGCCGCCGUCGCCUUCUCGGCUUCGGGCUUCGCGUUCGGCGCGGCGGUAGCGCUCGCUCUCUCUCUCUCUCUCUCGCGCGCGCGCCCGCGCGGUAGGAGGAGAUGCUCGGGGCCUCGAGGCGUUCCGUCUGCGCGGCGGCGGCUGCCCGCCGCCGCGCCGCCGCGGGAGUCGCCUCCGCCGUUUCCGGAGACUCCUCCGUGUCGUCGUCCUCCUCGGCGCCUUCACGCUCGGUGUUUAAUGGGGAGCCUGGGGUUCCUCAGCUGCAGAAGAGGUUGCUCUCUGUGCUUGCUGCGCCAAAGCUUAUCGGGACCGACAGUGCUGCCUCCCCCAGGCUGAGGGAGGGAUCCCUUGUUGGCAGGCGGUACGAAUCAAGCGCUGCGGCAGUUGAUUCUUCUGAUAUGCCACCUGCUGAGAAGCAUGAGUACCAGGCUGAGGUCAACAGGCUCAUGGACUUGAUUGUUCACAGCUUGUAUAGCAACAAGGAGGUGUUUCUUCGAGAGCUGGUCAGCAAUGCAAGUGAUGCACUUGAUAAGUUGCGGUAUCUUAGUGUCACUGAUCCUGAUCUUCUGAAGGAUGGUCCUGAGCUUGACAUCCGCAUCCAAACAGACAAGGACAAUGGAGUUAUUACAAUCACUGAUUCUGGGAUUGGUAUGACGAAGCAAGAACUUGUUGAAUCUCUUGGAACUAUAGCAAGCAGUGGAACUGCCAAGUUCCUGAAGGCACUGAAGGAGAGCCAAGAGGCUGGUGUUGACAGCAACUUGAUUGGUCAAUUUGGUGUUGGAUUCUAUUCUGCAUUUCUUGUUUCAGAUAAGGUUGCAGUGUCAACUAAGAGCCCAAAAUCUGACAAGCAAUAUGUUUGGGAAGGCGAGGCAGACUCUAGUUCUUACACCAUUAGAGAGGAGACAGACCCAGCGAAGCUCAUUCCUAGGGGAACUCGCCUUACUCUGUACCUCAAGCGUGAUGACAAGGGCUUUGCGCACCCUGAGAAAAUUCAGAAACUUGUGAAGAAUUAUUCCCAGUUUGUUUCCUUCCCUAUUUAUACUUGGCAAGAGAAAGGGUACACAAAAGAGGUUGAGGUUGACGAACCCGUUGAAGCUAAAAAAGAAGGUGAUGAUGAACCUACAACAGAGGUUAAGAAAAAGACAAAAACUGUUGUUGAGAAGUAUUGGGAUUGGGAGCUUACAAAUGAGACACAACCUAUUUGGCUUCGGAACCCUAGAGAGGUAUCGACCGAGGAUUACAAUGAAUUUUAUAAGAAGACAUUCAAUGAGUACAUGGAUCCCUUGGCAUCUUCACACUUCACUACAGAGGGUGAAGUAGAAUUCAGAUCUAUUCUUUAUGUGCCUGCUACAAAGAAGGAAGAUAUAACUGAUAGGAAGACCAAAAAUAUCAGGCUUUACGUUAAGCGUGUGUUCAUAUCAGAUGAUUUUGAUGGAGAAUUGUUCCCAAGAUACCUGAGCUUUGUGAAGGGUGUUGUUGACUCAAAUGACCUUCCAUUAAAUGUUUCUCGUGAGAUCCUUCAAGAAAGCCGAAUUGUGCGUAUAAUGAGAAAGAGGUUGGUGCGAAAGGCCUUUGAUAUGAUACUUGGCAUUUCUUGUAGUGAAAACAGAGAUGACUAUGAAAGGUUCUGGGAGAACUACGGAAAGUUCCUAAAGCUGGGUUGCAUGGAAGACAAGGAAAAUCACAAGAGAAUUGCUCCCUUGCUCCGCUUCUUUUCUUCUCAAAGCAAUGAGGAAUUAAUUAGCUUGGAUGAAUACGUAGAAAAUAUGAAACCUGAGCAAAAGGAUAUUUACUAUAUUGCUGCGGACAGUUUGAGUAGUGCAAAACAUGCUCCUUUCCUGGAGAAGCUCAAUGAAAAAGAGUAUGAGGUUCUAUUUUUGGUUGACCCAAUGGAUGAAGUGUCUGUCACAAAUCUGAGCUCCUACAAGGAUAAACGAUUCGUUGAUAUUAGCAAGGAAGAUUUGGACUUAGGUGACAAGAAUGAGGAAAGAGAGAAGGAGAUCAAGCAGGAAUACAGCCAAACAUGUGACUGGAUUAAGAAACACUUGGGUGACAAGAUUGCUCGUGUUGAUAUAUCCAAUCGUCUCAGCUCAUCACCAUGUGUUCUGGUUGCAGCUAAGUUUGGUUGGUCUGCCAACAUGGAAAGGUUGAUGAGGGCACAAUCAAUGGGUGACAUGUCAUCUCUGGAUUUCAUGCGUUCUAGAAAAGUUUUUGAAAUUAACCCAGAGCAUGAGAUAAUCAAGGGCUUGAAUGCCGCCUGCAGAAUCAACCCUGAUGACCCAGAAGCUCUAAAGGCUGUAGAUAUCCUAUUUGAAACUGCUAUGAUUUCUAGUGGCUUUACACCUGACAACCCUGCCGAGCUAAGCGGAAAGAUAUAUGAGAUGAUGAGCACAGCUAUGGCCAGCAAAUGGGGCUCGCAGGCACAACCCGUUGAACCGAACUUGCAGCAACCUUCAUCUCUAAGCUCUGAGCCGAUUGAAGCCGAGGUGGUCGAGCCAGAGCCAGUUGAUGCGAACCAGCAGAAAUGAGGGGAUCGUCGCUGUUUUCCCCAAAGUCUUUGUUUAGUUCUACGAGCCUCUAGUCCUUUUUCUUGGAUCCAUUUCUUAGGAUUAUGCUGCCCUCCCAGAAUAUUGUAGCUCAUCAGGGAAUGAGAGUUAGUCUACUAGAUAGACUGGAUGAUACACGCUGUUACAUCGUGCUUGCUUUUGUUGCAGAAACGCAGAGAUUUUUUAUUUUUCGUUUUGGUUUAGCGGCCUGUGCAAUGAGCUGUGUGUUAAGCCAAUAGGAAUUGUGUUGUUGUUUUAUGGGAAUAAUGGUGAAAAACCUGGGCAUACAGUUAAGCA